GCGUCAAUACUCUCCAGCAAUCCGAUAGAUAGGAUAUGAAUUGAAGCAUAGAAUUGCUUUGUAUUUUAGCGUAAAACUAAAACCCUCUUUUCAUUUCUCUACUUCACUCUCUCCGCCUAAUCCUAAAACCUUAUCUCUUCUUUUCUUCAUUCUCCAUGGAUUCCCAAACCCUAUCUUCUUCUUCCCAAUUUCAUGAACCAAACAACCUACUUAACGGUGUUAACGGUCACGGUUCCGAUUCCGAUGACGGUUUCGUUAGCGGCGAAGACGAAGCUGAGCCUUCCACGCCCAUUCUCGUUUACGAUGCCAAAUCCACCGUUCAGGUAAAAGAAAAAGAAGAAGAGUCUUUCGACCAGGAAUCACCUAGGCCUAUUGCUAAGGUGACCGCUGAUGACGAAGAUGAAGCGGAGGAGGAGGAAGACGAUUCACAGGGUGUCGGUUUGGAGAAAGAAGGUGGUGGCGGUGGUGGGAAAGAUGUUGAGGAAGUGAAGGAGGAUGAGGUUUUUGUGGAGGCUAAUGAUAAGGGUUUUGAGAGUGUGGAUUCUGAAGGGGGUGAUGUUGUUGGAGAAGAAAUUAAUAACGGUUUACGAGAGGAAGGGGAUGGUGGAACCGAAAUUGAAACUGUUCGUUCUGAUUCUGUGGUUGUGGAGCCGGUUUCUGUUGAUAAUUCUGGUGUUGGUGUUGUUGAAAAUGGUGACGGGGUUGUUGAUAAUGAGAAGCUUACGAGUGGUGGAGAUUUCGUUGUUGAUAGUCUUCGAGUUAAUCCUUUGGUGGAUGGAGGUGUUGCUGUUGUUGGGGAUGAAGUGAAAGAUGAGGUUUCUGAAAUUGAUGGGGCUGUGGCUCCUGCUCCUGUUGCGAGUCUUGAUAAUAGUUUUGAAGCUAUUGAGAAGGUUGGCAGUGAAAGUGUUGUUGAUGAGGUUGGUAGUAGUUUUGAAACUAUUGAGAAGGGUGAUGAAGUUGUUGUUGAUGAUGAAGUUGUUGGUGGGGACGUUGAGCCUAGUAAAGUUGUUGACAGUGGAGUUGAAAUUGAAGUUGAUGAUAAUGUUGCACAUGAGCAGCUGAGUGACGUUGUUCUUACUGAGAAGGCUGGUGAUGUUGUUGUUGAUGAGAAUGUCGGUGUUGAUGCCAAGCCUGAUGAAGUUGUUGACAUUGGAGUUGAUGAGGGUGUUGCACAAAGGCAAGUGAGUGACAUUGCUCCUGCUGAGAAGGGUGAAGAAAUUUCUGAAGUUGUCAGUCAGAGUUUGGAGGCUGCGGAAGAUGAGAUAAACAUAGAGAGUCGUGUUGUUGAGGGUGGAAUUGAGAGCCGUGUUGUUGAGGGUGGAAUUGAGAGCCGUGUUGAUGAUGCUGUUGAGGGAGAAGUUGGGAGCAAUGUUGUUGAGGUGGAAGAUGGGAGCAAUGUUGAUAAUGUUGCAGAAAAGGACGCGGUAAGCAAUGUUGAUAAUGCUGCAGAAAAGGACGCGGUAAGCAAUGUUGAUCGGGUUGUUGAGGUGGAAGAUGAGAGCCAUGUCGGUAAUACUGUGGAGGGGGAAGCCAGGAGCAAUGCCGAUCAUGUACUCGAGGUUGAAGAUGAGACCCAUCUUGAUAAUGCUGCUGUGGGGGAAGCCAAGAGCAAUGCUGACCGUGUUGUCGAGGUUGAAGAUGAGACCCAUCUUGAUAAUGCUGCUGUGGGGGAAGCUGAGAGUAAUGUUGAUCGUGCUGUCAAGGUUGAAGAUGACACUCGUUUUGAUAAUGGUGCUGAGGGGGAAGCCGAGAGCAAUGUUGAUCGGGUUGGUGAGGUUGAAGAUGACACCCAUUUUGAUAAUGCUGUUGAGGAGGAAGCCGAGAGCAAUGUUGAUCGGGUUGUUGAGGUUGAAGAUGACACCCAUUUUGAUAAUGCCGUUGAGGAGGAAGCCGAUAGCAACGUUGAUCGUGUGAUUGAGAUGGAUGAUGGUAGCCAUGUUGAGGCUGCUGUUGAUCAUCAUAUUGACAGAGAGAUUGAUGACUUGCUGUCAGAUUCGAAGGAUGAAUCAAUGAUCUUUGGAGGCUCUGAUUCUGCCAAUAAAUACUUGGAAGAAUUGGAGAAGCAAAUUAGGGACAGUGAGAGUUCACAGGGUGACAGAAUUGAUGGCCAGAUUGUAACCGACUCUGAUGAAGAAGAUGUAUCUGACGAAGAAGGAGGUAGCAAAGAGCUCUUUGAUACUGCUACUUUGGCUGCUCUCUUGAAAGCAGCAUCUGGAGCAGGGGGAGAAGAUGGUGGCGGUAUCACCUUAACUGCUCAAGAUGGAUCUAGGCUUUUCUCUGUCGAGCGGCCUGCUGGUUUGGGACCAUCUCUCCAGACAGGUAAACCUGCAGUACGUUCAAUUCGUCCCAAUCUUUUUGCUCCUUCCAUGAGUAGAGCAGGUACUGUUGUUUCUGACACCGAUUUGAGCGAAGAAGAUAAGAAGAAAUUGGAGAAAUUGCAGGAAAUUAGGAUAAAAUAUCUAAGAGUGAUUCAGAGACUAGGUUUUACUACUGAAGAAUCAAUAGCAGCACAGGUGUUGUAUCGUUUGACACUUGUUGCAGGGAGGCAAAUUGGUGAAAUGUUCAGCCUAGAUGCUGCAAAAGAGAGUGCUUCCCGGCUUGAAGCCGAGGGAAGAGAUGAUUUUGCAUUUUCUCUAAAUAUAUUGGUUCUUGGUAAAACUGGUGUGGGAAAGAGUGCUACAAUUAAUUCAAUUUUCGGAGAAACCAAAACCAGCUUCAGUGCAUAUGGUCCUGCUACUACUUCUGUGACAGAAAUUGUUGGAAUGGUUGAUGGAGUGGAAAUAAGGGUCUUUGACACACCAGGUUUGAAAUCUUCUGCUUUUGAGCAAAGUUACAACAGAAAAGUUUUGUCUACGGUGAAGAAAUUGACCAAAAAAUCCCCCCCUGAUAUUGUUCUAUAUGUGGACCGCCUCGACCUGCAAACUAGAGAUAUGAAUGAUUUGCCCAUGUUGAGAUCAGUUACUAGUGCCCUCGGUCCAACAAUAUGGCGUAAUGUGAUUGUCACUCUGACUCAUGCUGCCUCUGCUCCACCAGAUGGACCAUCAGGUUCCCCACUAAGUUAUGAUGUAUUUGUUGCUCAAAGAUCUCAUAUUGUUCAACAAGCCAUUGGACAGGCUGUUGGCGACCUGCGUCUUAUGAAUCCAAAUUUGAUGAAUCCAGUUUCACUUGUUGAAAACCAUCCUUCUUGUCGAAAAAAUAGAGAUGGCCAGAAGGUGCUUCCUAAUGGUCAAAGUUGGAAACCUCUGUUAUUGCUUUUAUGUUACUCGAUGAAGAUUCUCUCUGAGGCUACUAACAUUUCAAAGACUCAGGAAGCAGCUGAUAACCGUAGGUUGUUUGGUUUUAGAAGCCGCGCCCCUCCACUUCCAUACUUGCUGUCUUGGUUGUUGCAGUCACGUGCCCACCCCAAACUCCCUGAUCAAGCUGGGAUUGAUAAUGGUGAUUCUGAUAUUGAAAUGGCUGACUUAUCUGAUUCUGAUGGAGAGGAAGGGGAAGAUGAAUAUGACCAGCUCCCACCAUUUAAACCUCUAAAGAAGUCGCAGAUUGCUAAGCUUAAUGGAGAGCAAAGAAAGGCAUAUCUUGAGGAAUAUGAUUACCGAGUGAAACUUUUGCAGAAGAAGCAAUGGAGAGAGGAGUUGAAAAGGAUGAGAGACAUGAAGAAAAGAGGUAAGAACGGUGAAAAUGACUACAUGGAGGAAGAUGAAGAGAAUGGAAGUCCAGCUGCUGUGCCAGUUCCGCUGCCUGAUAUGGUGUUGCCACAGUCCUUUGAUAGUGACAAUCCAGCCUAUAGAUACCGUUUCUUAGAACCAAAUUCUCAGUUGCUGACAAGGCCGGUCUUAGACACUCAUAGUUGGGACCACGAUUGUGGUUACGAUGGUGUUAACAUCGAAAACAGCAUGGCCAUUAUCAACAAGUUCCCGGCAGCAGUUACUGUUCAAGUAACAAAAGACAAGCAAGAUUUUAGCAUUCACUUGGAUUCAUCAGUUGCUGCUAAACAUGGGGAAAAUGGUUCAACCAUGGCAGGCUUUGACAUUCAGAACAUUGGAAAGCAGCUGGCAUACAUUGUUAGAGGUGAGACCAAGUUCAAGAAUUUCAAAAGAAAUAAAACUGCUGCUGGGGUGUCUGUGACAUUUUUGGGAGAAAAUGUUUCAACCGGUGUGAAGCUUGAAGAUCAAAUAGCACUGGGGAAACGAUUGGUAUUAGUGGGGAGCACAGGGACCGUGCGGUCUCAAAAUGAUUCUGCUUAUGGUGCCAAUGUUGAAGUGAGGCUUAGAGAGGCAGAUUUUCCAGUUGGUCAGGAUCAGUCUUCUUUGAGUCUUUCUCUGGUGCAGUGGAGAGGUGAUUUAGCCUUGGGAGCCAAUUUUCAGUCACAGAUUUCUCUUGGACGAAGCUAUAAGAUGGCGGUUCGUGCUGGAUUGAACAACAAGCUUAGCGGGCAGAUCAAUGUGAGGACAAGUAGUUCUGACCAACUUCAGAUUGCCCUUAUUGCUAUUCUUCCAGUUGCCAAGGCUAUCUACAAGAACUUCUGGCCUGGUGUUACUGAAAACUAUUCCAUCUAUUAAGCUCUUUUUGCUAAUCCUGCUAGUUAAGGAAGUAGACUAUGAGGUUUGAGUGAGGUGGUUUAUGUGAAUUAGGAAAUCGCGGCUUUGGAGCAGUGCUCCUUCGUCAAAGUAUUGAUAUCUUAGAAAAUAAAGUGUUGAAUUAGGGAAUCAUCUGUAGCAAUGCUCAGGUUUGCUGAACUGAAUUAAGAGAUUCAGAAAAAAGUGUUACAGUUUGCAACUUGAAAUUUUGAUUGUAGUUUCACUCAAUGACUACUCAUAGUAUUGUAUGGUUUAAGUUCUCUUGAUUUCAAAAACGUAUUUGGCUCCUUGAGUUGCGGAGUUCAAUAUUAGUAUUAAUCACAGUUCUCUUAUUUGGACACAAUAAAAAAUCAUUUCUCUAUUAAUGAACGGAAAACUUUGGUUUA